AUGGCCGUUCCCGACAGGUCCAGCGACUGCAGCUGCGUCAUGCCUUGGAUCACUGACCUCACUGCUUGGUCUGCUUCAAACGUGCAGGCAGCCAGGCUGAGUUCUGUGAGCAGCAAGAGGCCUCUCAAUCCCAGCAGGUCAGAAUCGUCAAGUGCCGUAGUGAUGCGGAGGGUUGUGAGGUGCGUGAUGUUGGAGAGGGAUCGCAGUGAAGCCGUGCUGGGCUCAGGGGCGCACGUUCCUGGCUGGGGUGCGCAUUCCUGGGCAGGGGCGCGCGCUGCUAUGCCCGGGUGGCGCGCGCUGCUCUGCUGGGGCGCGCGCUGCCCUGCACGUUGGCGCGCGCUGCACUGCAGGGGCGCACGCUGCUCUGCUAAGGCGCGCGCUGCCCUGCACGUUGGCGCGCGCUGCACUGCAGGGGCGCACGCUGCUCUGCUAAGGCGCGCGCUGCCCUGCACGUUGGUGCGCGCUGCACUGCAGGGGCGCGCGCUGCUCUGCUAG